GGGAGAAGAGAAAAUAGGCAGAAAAUCGUCUUUUAUACAAAGUUACUGUGGAAUAUUUAGUACUCAGAAAACUACAUUUCAGAAAAUCCAGUGCAUUUAUAAGACGUUCAUUCCAAUCCGUCUGUGAUGAGUGAGUCCAGUACAGGUUUUCCGAUUCCCCGUGCUGUGAAGAGAGAGAGAGAGAGCGAGAGAGAGAGAGAGAGAGAGAGAGAGAGCGAGAGAGAGAGAGAGAGCGAGAGAGAGAGAGAGCGAGAGAGAGAGCGAGAGAGAGAGAGAGAGAGCGAGAGAGAGAGAGAGAGAGAGAGAGAGAGAGAGAGAGAGAGAGAGAGAGAGAGAGAGAGAGAGAGAGAGAGAGAGAGCAGCAUUGAGGCUGCAGGCAGUGUACCUUCGCAUGACAGCGCUCCACACAAGCGGCGUUUCGCGUAUACCUGGACAUCGCGCAGCUAAACAGCACGCACACGGCGUUUCCAAACUGAAGCAAGGUAUUAGUGGACUGGAAUUACAUUGGAACAACGCCAUACCGCAACCAAAAACAUCAAGGAAAACGUGUGGACUAAAAUCAAGAAGAACGAGCAUUAUCUUCUGACAGACAGUCAGCAGCAGCCGUGCACAGAGACACAGUACAAAAUCCCUAUUGUGCAAAACAGAGGGCUCGUGUAAUAAUAUAUGUAUUGAUUUUUUUUUUUUUUAAGAACAGAUGUAAAUUCCAUGCAACACAGCCGGUCCAAAGCAGUGAGACCACUGCACAGGGUUUUAUUACUGUUACAAGCAGCGAUUAUAAUACCCCACAGUAUAUGAACGGCUGUCUGUGAGGAGGAUGUGCCAUGUGUUAAUGUGCGGAAUAAAGGUGCUACUGUUAUCACUGUUAUUCCAGGGGGCCUGGGCCACACGAGUCCACAGCCAGUUGUCUUAAGGAUGUCACGCCGGAGCACUGAAUUUGUUCUGGAGCGAGACAGGUGCGACCGCACUGAGGAUUAGCGGAAGAAAACCGAGGCGGGUACCUUGGAAUUUAAACCAUCGGGGUCCAAAGACCCCAGCAUUUCGGAUUUGACUUCAGGAGGAAUAAGGUGUGCGCACGUCGUGCAGAAGUGCCGUGGAUCAUCGCUGUGCGCUGGGCUCGCCUCGCUGCCACUUCUCUGUCGAGUCGCUUUCCUGCUGCCAUGACAACGCAAGCCCCACCCCUGCUCCUGCUCACCCUGCUGCUCCGAUUGGCUGACUCUGCUUUCCCUGAACAAACACAGCCACUGAGCACAGUCCCUGUGGGAGCUGUCAGACAGUACCCUGUGUUUGUGGGUCGAUCGCAGGGCUCGGUUCUGAGGCAGGAGCCCCUCCAUAUCCAGAGGAUUCUGCAGGUGAACCGCACUCUCUACAUCGGAGCCAGAGAUGACCUGUACCGUGUGGAUCUGGAUGUGCUGGUGGGGGAGGAGAUGUUUUACAGCAGGAAGCACACCUGGAAAUCAAACCAGAAUGACAUCAGAGUCUGCAGGAUGAAAGGCAAACAUGAGGACGAGUGUCGGAACUUCAUGAAGGUUCUGCUGAGCCGGAGGGACGGCACGCUGUUUGUGUGCGGAACCAACGCCUUUAACCCUCUGUGUGCCAACUACUCCACGGACUCUCUGGAGCUUCUUGGGGACACGAUCAGCGGGAUGGCGCGCUGCCCCUACGACCCGAAACAUGCCAACGUGGCCCUCUUCGCAGGUGGGAACCUGUUCACGGCGACAGUGACGGACUUCCUGGCGAUUGACGCUGUUAUUUACCGGAGCCUGGGGGACAGUCCAGCUCUGCGCACCGUCAAGCACGACUCCAAGUGGUUCAGAGAGCCCUAUUUUGUCAGCGCUGUGGAAUGGAGGGACCACGUUUACUUCUUCUUCAGGGAGAUGGCAAUGGAGUUCAACUACCUGGAAAAGGUCCUGGUGUCUCGCGUGGCCCGUGUGUGUAAGAGUGAUCUGGGGGGCUCUCAGAGAGUGCUGGAGAAGCAGUGGACCUCCUUCCUCAAGGCUCGGCUCAACUGCUCGGUCCCGGGAGACUCUCACUUCUACUUCAACGUGCUGCACUCCACCACUGGGGUCCUGCAGCUGGACGGGAGAGACGUGGUGCUGGGGGUCUUCUCAACACCGUCCAACAGUAUCCCCGGCUCUGCCGUGUGUGCCUUCGAUAUGGAGCAGCUGGACCGGGUGUUCCAGGGGCGCUUCAAGGAGCAGAAAUCUCCCGAGUCCAUCUGGACCCCGGUGCCGGACGAGGCUGUGCCCAGACCCAGACCUGGAGGCUGUGCUCUUCCAGGAUCCAGGUUCAACUCCUCCAGCAGCUUCCCUGACGAGAUGCUGACCUUCAUGAAGACGCACCCCCUGAUGGACGAGGCCGUCCCCUCGCUGGGGCCCCAGCCCUGGAUCAUCAGGACCAUGGUCAGGUACCACCUCAGCAAGAUUGUGGCGGACACAGAGGCCGGCCCCUACAGGAACCACACGGUCCUCUUCCUGGGCUCAGACUCGGGGAGCGUCCUCAAAUUCCUCAUCAAACCCAAAAGUGAAAGCAACCCUGGCAACAGCAGCCUCUUCCUGGAGGAGUUUGAAGGAUACAACCCUGACAAGUGCGGUGGAGAUGGCCCCGAGUCCAGGAGCAUGUUAGCCAUGUCUCUUGACAGGCCCAGCCGCUCUCUCCUGCUGGCCUUCCCCUCCUGUGUGGUCCGGGUCCCCCUCGCUCGCUGCCAGCAGCACUCCCUGUGCAUGAAAAACUGCAUCUCCACUCAGGACCCGUACUGCGGCUGGACCAAGGGCAGCACCUGCUCCUUCCUUGAACCUGGGACCAGGCUCCCGUUCGAGCAGGACGUUGAUCAUGGAAACACCUCCUACCUCGGGGACUGUGACGGCCUCCUGCAGGAGAGCUUCGUGGAGCAGCGGGACGGCCUGGUCUCUGUGAACCUGCUCGUGGUCUCCGCGGUCUCUGCCUUCGCGAUGGGGGCGGUGCUGUCGGGCCUGGCGGUCUGCUGGUUCAUGGGUCACCAGCACCGGCACUGCGGCCGCAGCGGGGCGGGCAGCUCGGGGGCCGUCCGGCGCAAAGGGGACAAGGAGCAGAGCAUGGGGGGCUCAGUGGUGAGCGUGACCCGGCCCAGCGGGGGCAGUGAUCGGGCCCUGCCCAGGGGCCAGUCCGAGACCCUGCUGGCCCCCCUGAUGAUGCCGAACGGCUGGCCCAAGGGCAUGGGGGUGGCGGUGGGGGGCGUGCCUGACCUCGAUUCGGGGGGUCUCCUGCCCACUCCGGAGCAGACCCCUCUGCAGCAGAAACGCUGCCCCCCGGGUCUCCGGCUGAGCGGAGGGGACCCCAGCUGGGAGCAGAGUCACAACUACCUGAACACUGGCCCCGGCCCCUCCUCCUCCUCCUCCUCCUCCUCCGUCAUCUACCUGAGCUCCAAGCACCUGCCCAGGGAGAGCAGGCACUGUGCGCAGGGGGAGCAGAGAGAGCCCCAGCACUACCUCUCCCUGGCAGUGAGGGAGCGCUCCGACAGGCACAGCCCGGCUCUCAGGAACUCCUCCGGGGAGUACCCCUACCCCGUCACCCCGCAGGACAGCCCAGACAGGAGGAGGGUGGUCUCGGCCCCCAACACCCAGCUGGAUUUCGGAGAGCACCUGCGCUGGAAUCCAGAGAGCCUCAACUUCAACAGCAACAACGGGUCGUCUUCCCAGAGCAGCCGUCAUUCCAGCAAGCCCCCGCCCCCCCAGCACCCCCACAGCGGCGGCCACGCCUUCCACGGCCUGCUGAGGUCAUCGCACCAGCCACACCCACCCGCCCUGAACGGCCUAUCAGACUUCAGCCAGCUGCUGUGCAAGGGAGCGAACAGGCGGACUCCAUCUGGCCAAUGAGAAACCAGUCAAAAAAAUAAAUAAUACACCUUGAAAAAUGACAAGCAUUGCCCAGUUACAAACAACCAGUGCUCAGCCUCUCUCCUCUCUUCUCUCUCUCCUCUCUCUCUCUCCUCUCUCACCCUCCCUCUCCUCCCUCUCUCCUCUCUCCCUCCCUCUCUCCCUCUCCCUCUCUCCUCUCUCUCCCUCUCUCUCCUCCCUCUCUCCUCUCUCUCCCUCCCUCCCUCUCUCCCUCUCCCUCUCUUCUCUCUCUCUCCCCUCCCUCUCUUUCACUGUCAGAGCAGCGUCUCCACUUAGUGAUUUACAAAGGGAAUGUGAGUGUAAGAAAGACUGUGCAAAACCUUUGCUGUGAAACCAUUGAUAUGAAUGUUAUGAAGCACUUCCGUUCACAGCAGCUCUGCCAGCGCUGCAGAAAACUCAAACCCUCGUCUCCACUGCCAGAGAAAAUCAAACAGCCAAACCAGCUGCAUGUACACGUUCAAGAGGGCAGGCAGCUGCUGUUUAGAGACAAGCAUGUGGGCCACUUACUGGUUAGGAAGAGAUAUUCACAUGAGAUUAUAAGAGAUUAUCCAGUCCGGUCCAGUCCAGUCCAGUCCAGGGGUUUAGCAAGGAGCCUCCUGAAAACACUCACCCCUCCCUCCCAAAGCCACUCAAUUAUUGUGCCUGACUGGUCCCUGUUCUGCGCAGUGUGGGUUUGUUUCCAUUACCUUAGUGCUCAGGCAACACAGACCCAGAUAAUCUCAUUCCUGAGCUGGUGGAGGCAGCACAUCGCACAGGGAGGCUGGAUCUGACCACAGUUUAAGCCUCCAUUUUGCUAAAUGGAAACAGCAAUAUAAUGCUUUUGGAAAUAAAAGUGAAAAUCUUCAUUGGAAACAAAGUAUUUUCACCCUAUCUAAAUAAAGAGGGAGAAACUUCAUUCAGAGCACCCGAGAGUUUAACCUGAACUGGAGGGACACCCUGAACACCCCCCCCCCCCUUCCCCCACACACACAAUGGUACACUCCAGUCCCAGAACACUUCCGAUUGAUCCAGAGUCAGUCUGAGAGCUGCCCCUGGACAGCAGCACACAGGAGGGGCAGGAACACGGAGCAGCCCGGGAGCAGAGUGUCUGGACAGCAGCACACAGGAGGGGCAGGAACACGGAGCAGCCCGGGAGCAGAGUGUCUGGACAGCAGCACACAGGAGGGGCAGGAACACGGAGCAGCCCGGGAGCAGAGUGUCUGGACAGCAGCACACAGGAGGGGCAGGAACACGGAGCAGCCCGGGAGCAGAGUGUCUGGACAGCAGCACACAGGAGGGGCAGGAACACGGAGCAGCCCGGGAGCAGAGUGUCUGGACAGCAGCACACAGGAGGGGCAGGAACACGGAGCAGCCCGGGAGCAGAGUGUCUGGACAGCAGCACACAGGAGGGGCAGGAACACGGAGCAGCCCGGGAGCAGAGUGUCUGGACAGCAGCACACAGGAGGGGCAGGAACACGGAGCAGCCCGGGAGCAGAGUGUCUGGACAGCAGCACACAGGAGGGGCAGGAACACGGAGCAGCCCGGGAGCAGAGUGUCUGGACAGCAGCACACAGGAGGGGCAGGAACACGGAGCAGCCCGGGAGCAGAGUGUCUGGACAGCAGCACACAGGAGGGGCAGGAACACGGAGCAGCCCGGGAGCAGUGUCUGGACAGCAGCACACAGGAUUAUUCAGUAAAAAUACAAGCCUGGGGGGGGGGGGCUACACACAACAUGGGGACAGAUGAAGUCAGAACGCAAUGGAAGUCAGGGAGAGGGGGACAGAACAGGACUGGGUUCAGACCCUCUCCCCCCACGGAUAUCCCCCACAUCGCACUCAAAGACAUUUCUAGAAAGCAACGUUCAUUCACCGCGGGCUCUUUGCUGCCUGUGUUGAAUCUGUAGCACAAUGUAUGAAGUUUAAAUGAGUUCCGCUGUGAUACUCAGUCUCUUACAGUUGGGGGCGCUGCUAGAGUUUUUUCAGCUGUGGGGUUGUGAAAGAUAAACUAGCUAGCUCAGGGUUUCGAAGCGUCCGUCAGUGUGAGGCUGUGCAAGGCUGGGUCCCAGCGGCACAGUCCGAGCGCCGUGCUCCACCAGGUACAGGUGCAUCAGUAUUAUUCACACCUGCAUGAAUUGCUGCUUUCUUUAGUUUCAUUUCAUUUUUCACACCCUCAAUUCGGGUUAUUGCUUUUCUGUCUUUAAAUUGAAUUAAAGUGACACGACUCUG